AUGGAGAUGAUCUCUUUCAACGUCGACCACGGCUUCCUCGAGGGAGUCGUGCGUGGAUAUCGUACCUCGCUGCUCACCGCCAACCACUAUUCGUCUUUAACACAGUGCGAAACGCUCGACGACUUCAAGAUGCAGCUCCAAGCCACCGACUAUGGCAACUUCCUCCAAAACGAGCCCAGUCCCAUCUCCACCUCGACCAUCGCCGAGAAAGCGACUCGAAAGCUCGUGGCCGAGUUUGAGUAUCUGCGCACCAACGCAACUCAACCGUUGAGCAAGUUCUUGGAUUACAUGACCUAUGCAUACAUGAUCGACAAUGUCAUCCUGCUCAUCACCGGUACGCUUCACGAGAGGGACACGCACGAGCUGCUCGAAAGAUGCCACCCACUGGGUGUGUUUGACACCAUGCCGGCACUGUGCGUCGCAUCCACCGUCGAGGAGCUCUACAACUCGGUUCUUGUCGAAACUCCACUGGCACCUUAUUUCAGGGACUGCAUCUCGGCCUCGGAUCUCGACGAUCUCAAUAUCGAAAUCAUUCGCAACACUCUCUACAAGGCCUACCUGGAAGACUUUUACCAGUUCUGCCAGAGCUUGGGCGGCACCACCGCAGAAACCAUGUGCGAGCUGCUAUCGUUCGAAGCAGACCGAAGGACUAUCAACAUCACCAUCAACUCGUUUGGCACCUCGCUCUCUAAAGAGGACCGUGCACGCCUCUUCCCCAGCAUCGGCAAACUCUUCCCCGCCGGCAACAACGUCCUCGCCAAAGCCGACGAGCUGGAUCAAGUCAAAGCCGUGUGCGAUAACAUCCCCGAGUACCGCUCCUUCUUCGACUCUUCGGCUUCGUCCGCUGGCAACACAAAUUCCGGCGCAACAGGCUCCGGAGAGGCAAACGCAGACAUUUCCAGUUCGGAGUCUUCUAUGCUUGGUUGA